AUGCAUUAUUUGCAACUUUUUUUCAUUUUGUAUCUUCCUUUUAAUUCUUCUACUCACUCAAUCUCCUUAUCUCAUUUCUUAAUACUUAUAUACGCUUUAUUAUAUUCUUUUCAUUUUUCCUAUUUCUUCUUCAUAAGCGUUCUUUUCUUUCCGCUUUUUCUUUCUCUUUACUAUUUUUUCCAAGGGUUCGUUACUUUCUUUUUUAAUGUUUUGUUUCAUUCUUUCUUUCUAUUUUUAUUUAUUUCCAUGUGUUUUAUUUUCUUUCUUGUGUUCGUCUUUUAUUUCUCUCUUUUUAUGCGCUCUUUCCCAUCUUUCUUUGAUUUUUUUUGCAUUUCUUCUUUUUUAAUCCGUCCUUUCUUUCAUUUUUUUUCAAUUUUCUAUUUUCUUUCUAUUGUUUCAUUCUAUGAAUUCGUUUCUUUUAUUUCAUUUUGUGUUUUCUUUCUUUCGUUCAAACUUUUAUUUCCUACCAUGCCUUGUUUUCAUUUUUCUUCCUCAUUUCGCUCUUUCUUCCUAUUUUCUUUCUUUCUUUCUUUCUUUCUUUCUUUCUUUCUUUCUUUCUUUCAAUGCAUCUUUUCUUUCUUUCUUUCUCUUUUUCACAUUUCUUCUUUCAUUCUUUCUUUCAUUUUUCGAUUUCUUUUUAGUUCUUUCUAUUUGUUCUAUUCAAUUCUUGCUUUCCUUUUUUCUUCCUUGUUUUCAAUGAUCUUUUUCCUUUCUUUCUAUGAUCCCAUUCUUUCUUUCUUUCUUUCUUUGCGCCCUUUUUUGCUUUGUGUUCUUUCUUGUUUUCUUUCUAUGACCCCAUUCUUUCUUUCUUUCUUUCUUUCUUUCUUUCUUUCUUUCUUUCUUUCUUUCUUUGCGUCCUUUUUUGCUUUGUGUUCCUUCUUUUUUUUCUUUCUAUUGCUUUUUUUCUUUCUUUCUAUGCGUUCUUUUAUUUCUUCCUUUCCUUCUCUCUUUCUUUUUUCUAUUUUCUUAUGCCUAUUCUAUUUUUCUAUGCGUUUUCCUUCCUUCUUUCUUUCUUUUUUCUUCAAUUCAUUUUUCUUUCUUUCCUUUUUUCUUUGUUUCAUUCUUUCUUUUUUACUAUUUUCCUUUCUUUAUAUGUACUCUUUCUUUAAAUACAUUAUUUUAUCUUUCUUUCUAUACCUUUCUUUCUUUUUUUCUUUCUUUUUUUCUUUCUUUCUUUCUUUCUUUCUUUCUUUCAAUUUACUUAUCACUUCCUUUACAUGUUUCUUUUCUGCUUUUGGUCUCCUUUUGCAUUCGACCGACACAAUAUUUCCUGAUUUAGUUCAGCGCAAGAAAUUUCCCUUUUAUUUUUCUUCUCAUCAAAUAUUCUUCUUUCAUUCGAGCGUGCUUCAACUCAUUUUAUCGACCGGCGAGACUCCCACUUCAAUUUAG